AUGAAUGAGGAUGAAUCUUUUCAACUCUUUUGUCAAAAAGCAACUGGAAGAGAUCACCGUGAAGAAGCCUUUUUGGAGAAGUCUAAAUUAGCCAUAAAUUACGCAGAAGGCCUUCCUCUGGCCCUGUGUGUUUUGGGUUCCUUCUUUUGUGGAAGAAAUGCAGAUGAAUGGGAAAAAGCUCUUGAUAUGUUGAAGAAAGAAUCAGACAAUCACAUGCAUGAGAUACUUAAAAUAGGUUAUGGUGCAUUAACUCCUGAAGAAAAGGCAAUAUUUUUAGAUAUUGCAUGUUUUUUUAAUAUGUGGAGGAUCGAUGAGGUAACUCAAAUAUUGGAUAGUUGUGGUUUUGACGCGACAAUUGGUAUCUGUAGUCUCAUAAGAAAAUCUUUGGUAGAUGAAGUUGAGAUUGGGAAUAGCAAGUAUAUAAAGAUGCAUACUUUGAUUCAAGAUAUGGGUAGGAGCAUUGUUCAAGAGGAAUAUCCUGACCAUGCUGAAAGGUGCAGCAGAUUGUGGUCGGCCGUGGAAAUUGAUGAAAUACUAGAAAAUAAUAAGGCGAUCAAUGUUUCUCAUCAGGGAACUGAUGCAACAGAAGGUGUAGUUUUGCCUAAUAGCUUUCAGAGAAUUCAGAAAAUAUGGAAUUCUACAGCCUUUUCAACAAUGAAGAGCCUCCGAAUGCUCAUCAUAUCAUGUAACAUUGAGGACCUUUCCCCAAGUUUGGAAGUGCCUGGCAAAUUAAAAGUUCUCCAUUGGGAUGGAUAUCCUCUAAAAACUCUUCCGUCAAGUACGAAUCUGGAUGAACCCGUAUGUCUCAAAAUGCGAUGCAGCAAAACCGAGCUGCUCAGUUUUGAAAGCAGAAUGGAUAAUCUAAAGUUUUUGGACUUGAGCUAUUCGAAAGGCCUCAUUGAAAUUCCAAAUUUUUUGAGUGGGUCAUACGCCGAAUGGAAAUCACAUAGAUUGAACGCUGACUCAUGGGCUUCAAUAUCCAUUAAAACCUUUUCGGUCACUAUUCUGGGGACUAAAAUACCAUCUUGGUUUCAGAGCCAAAAAACCCUUCGCCUGGAUGAGGAAGAUGAAAGUUCAAUCAUUGAGGAUGUCCCUUCUUCGGUUCGUCUUCUUGCAAGGAAGGGAUCCAAAAUUGGAGAAGCUAAGAUAUCAUCCCCACCUUUGGAUCUUGUUUGGGCAGAUUGGGAAGCAAACAUGCUCGAGUUUAUCAAAGGAUUACAGCCGACUUCACUUGAAAUUUGA